AUGCCGCUCGUCAAGGGCAUUGGGGACGAGGUGCUAAUCUACGCACUGUUUGCUCUUGGGCCUAUUCUCAUUGUUGGUCAGCCCAUCCUUAGGGGUAGCCUUCCUUUACUCAAGAGAUGCGUCCGCUCCCUUCGCGCCUUCUUCCGCAACGCGUGGCUCCGCUCGGCCAACGCGAGGGGGGGGUUGCUGCAGGAUGCGGAUCUACCCCCCCCUGACGAGAUGUGCAGCAUCUGCCACGACCAGUUUACCAUGCCGUGCCAAGCAAACUGCAGUCACUGGUUCUGCGGGGAUUGCAUCCUGCGCGCCUGGCAGCACAGCUCCGCCUUGUCCCCGUGCCGUUGUCCAAUCUGCCGACGGAACAUCAACCUGCUGCUCUUGUCCCGACACUGGAGAAUCGACGGCGCUGCACAGGAACGGAUCGCCUCCGACAUCGCCAAGUACAACCGGCUUUUCGGGGGGGUGCCCGUGAGCUUCGUCCAAAGGCUGCGCGACGCCCCCCUGCUUCUUCGGCGAAUGGUCGGAGAUCUUCUGGACCCGGGGCGGAGCCUGGCGCUGCUGCACAACAUACGGAUCCUCUUCUGUCUUCUUCUUCUUGUCACCUACCUCGUAUCGCCGUUCGACAUCAUACCCGAGAGUAUCCUGGGACUCGUCGGCUUCAUUGACGAUAUAGUUUUUGCCGCCUUCGUGGGCUUUUAUCUUAGCAUCUUGUACCGAGCGACUCUGCUGAACAAUCACAGUUGACGGUGAAAAUGUUUCGCUCAGUCGAAGAGAAUUGUCGAGUUUGGUUUUUUGGGGUGAACUGCUGUCUGUCUGGGAGGAAGGAUGCGGGAGAUAGUGUUGAAGGUUGACGGACAAACGUCGUUUUGUACAUUGAAGAGUUACCAAUCAUCUUUUGUUUUUGCUCUAUAUCGAAGUGCGGCUUCAAGCAUUCCAACCGCU